AUGAAGGUGUUUACCAUCCUCGGAGCGGCAGCGGCUCUCCUCGUUGCCCCAGCUGUGGCUCAGAACAAUGGUGCAUUCCAUAUCCUGCCUGUGGAGUCGAGCACCCCGAUUCCGUCUCCUACGGGGCCUCCUUCGUCGACCCCGUGGCCCCCCGGUGUGCCUCGUCCUACGGGCAGCUACCCUCCCAGCUCGAGCUCCAUUCCCUGGCCAACUCCCACUCCUCCUUCCGGUGGUCCUCCGCAUGGAAGCCCUAACUUCCCGAUCAAGCGCGUUCAUGCUCGUCAGCUCCGUGCGUAA